UUUCAUGCCUGACUUCCUGCUCACGAUGAAUCCUCAUUCUGGUUCAUCAGUAAGCAUAAGAGCAGUACUAACUUAUUUCCCCAACUCUCUCCACCUCCAGUGCGGACUCCAGUGCGCAUGCUCCGCCUCCCUGAAAACCACAUGCGUCUCUCCUCUCUCCAGUGCCAAGGCAGAGAAAGAGAGAGAGGGAGAGAGAGAGAGAGAGAGAGAGAGAUGCGCACGCCGAGGACGCCGCAGCACAGAAAUCACAGCUCCGAGCCAGACCCGGCGAUAGCUUCGCAUCCCGACACCCCUGACCCGUCCCUCAACACAAUGGGUUAAGAGGGAACAUGGCAAACUUUGACACACUUUGCAUGUCACUGGAAAUGCCUUGCGUUGUCUGGAGAGCUGCGCUGCCGAGCGGCUGAAUUGAGAGCACAAUAACAUAAGAGACUUGAAAGAGAGCGAGAGAGAGAGAGAGAGAGGAGGGGACCCGAUUCCAGUCAUUUCUAUCCCAGUUCCUCUCCCCCACUUUGGUUUUGAGAGAUGAUCACGGAGCUGGUGUGCACCGCCGUGGCAGUGGGUCUCUAUCUGAACACGCUGGACGCAGAUUUCUGCUACGAUGACAGCCGCGCCAUCAAGACCAACCAGGACCUUCUUCCUGAGACUCCGUGGAUCAACAUCCUGUACGAUGACUUCUGGGGCACCCUGCUCACCCACAGCGGCAGCCACAAGUCCUUCCGUCCGCUCUGCACCCUCUCCUUCCGCCUCAACUACACCCUGCAUGGCCUGCGCCCCUGGGGCUACCACCUGCUGAACUUGGCGCUGCAUGGCCUGGUAACCGCCCUCUUCACGGCCUUCAGUCGCCCGCUCCUGGGCGGAGGGUUGUGGAGCCUUUUGGCCGGUCUCCUCUUUGCCUCUCACCCGGUUCACACCGAAGCGGUGGCCGGCGUGGUGGGGAGGGCGGACGUCGGCGCAGCUUUGUUUUUCUUGUUGUCUCUCCUCUGUUACGCGAGACACUGCGGGCUUCGUAGGGACCAGCGCGGGGCCUUCGAUGCCAGGAGAUGUGGCGGCGUCUCAGCCACCUGGUGCUGGGGCUGGAUGCUGGGGAGCCUGUGGUGUGCGGCAGCCAGUAUGCUGUGGAAGGAACAGGGGGUGACUGUGCUGGCCGUGUCGGCUGUUUAUGACCUCUUCGUGUUCCAGAGACUCCGAUUUCGCCAGACACUUCUCCUCCUGUUGGGAAAGAAAAAGAACAUCAGUGUUUUGCUGAGUCUUGGUAUGCUGGCUUCCUGGGGAGUGAUUCUGCUCUCAGCUCGCCUCUACUGGAUGGGUAAUAAGCCUCCCAACUUCUCCAACUCUGACAACCCCGCAGCUGACUCGCCACAUUUCCUCACCCGAACGCUAACGUUCCUCCACCUGCCCGCUGCCAACGCCUGGCUCUUGCUUUGCCCCGACAAGCUCAGCUUCGAUUGGUCCAUGGACGCCGUGCCCUUGGUCAGAUCCUUGGCUGACUGGAGGAACCUUCACACUGUUGCCUUCUAUGGUGGAUUUAUCCUCUUGGCUUUGUUUGGCCUUUGCGGUCCCACCUCCAAAGCUAAGGAGACCAAUGGGAAAGCCCAUGUCACAAAUGGGAAAUCAAUCACUAAUGGGAAUGGUUACCAUGCCCCUGACACAAACCAUAACACAGACCAGGGGCCGCCAAAGACCACCCUGAAUGGGUCAGGGGGACUUCACCACUGCCCUCCACGGACAUCCCUGCCCCCCACAGAAAACCUAGUACUAUUUUCAUUAAGCAUCCUGUCAUUGCCUUUCAUCCCAGCCACCAACUUAUUCUUUUAUGUAGGUUUUGUAAUUGCAGAGAGGGUACUAUACAUUCCCAGUAUAGGUUUUUGUUUACUGGUCACUGUGGGUGCAAGAACCUUAUAUGUCAGACUGAGGACUAGAGGCUGCAAGGCCUUACUUUUGUGUCUCUGUAUGGGACUAGUGCUGCUUAAUGGACUCCGAACUGUUCAAAGAAACAGGGACUGGAGCAACGAAGAGAAUCUCUACAAGUCCGGGAUCAGUGUAAAUCCUGCUAAAGCCUGGGGAAACUUGGGGAACGUACUGAAGAACCAGGGCAAGAUGGCGGAGGCAGAGAAGGCAUACAGAAACGCUCUGCACUACCGAGGGAACAUGGCUGACAUGCUGUAUAACCUAGGUUUGCUGCUGCAGGAGAAUGAGCGUUCUGCCGAAGCGCUGCAUUAUUACAAACUGGCCAUUGGGAGUCGGCCAACACUGGCAUCGGCCUACUUAAACACAGGAAUCAUCCUGAUGAACCAGGGCAACCUGGAAGAGGCCAAACGCACCUUCCUCACUUGUGCCGACAUCCCUGAUGAGAACUUGAAGGACCCCCACGCCCACAAGAGCUCCGUCACCAGCUGCCUGUACAACCUGGGAAAACUGCUCCAUGAACAGGGCCAGCAAGAGGAGGCCCUGACUAUUUAUAAAGAAGCGGUGCAGAAAAUGCCCAGACAGUUUGCACCACACAGCCUUUUCAACAUGAUGGGAGAGGCCUACAUGAGGUUGAACAGGCUGGAGGAAGCAGGCCACUGGUACAGAGAGUCCCUCAGGGCCAAGCCUGACCACAUCCCUGCCCACCUCACAUAUGGCAAACUCCUGUCCAUCACCGGGCAGAAGACAGAAGCAGAGAAGUACUUUCUGAGAGCUAUUCAGCUAGACCCAACAAAAGGAAACUGCUACAUGCACUAUGGUCAGUUUCUGCUGGAGCAGUCUCGUCUUGGCGAAGCUGCGGAGAUGGCAGAGCGAGCCGCGGAGCUGGACAGCUCAGAGUUUGAUGUGGUCUUCAGUGCUGCUCACAUGCUAAGACAGGCCAGUCUAAAUGAGGCAGCAGAGAAGCAGUACGAGCGUGCAGCCAGCCUCAGACCAGAUUACCCAGCUGCUCUGAUGAACCUCGGCGCCAUCCUCCACCUGAACGGAAAGCUUCCCGAAGCGGAGGCCAACUACCUGCGUGCGCUCCAGCUCAAACCCGACGACACCAUUACCCAGUCCAACCUGCGCAAGCUGUGGAACAUCAUGCAGAGGCAGGGACUCAGGACUAAGCAUGGGCUCAGGAUGCAGAAGAGCGGCGACCUUUGAGCUGAGAGAGUUGCCGCGGUGUUCCCUCAACUAUGACGCCGUGUCCUGCAGAGAAGGAAGCAGGACGGGAUAUGAAAGAGCUAGAGGCUAAAAGCUCUCUGUGCAAGACAGGAAAGACAAUUUCUUUAGAGUUGUGGCCUGUGAAGCUUGUGGAAGACAGUUUGAGGCUUGGCAUGUUUGGGAUUGCAGGAAGGGGCAGGUUCUGCCCAACAAUAUGGUGUAUGGUGGCUCAAACUACUAAACUAAUGUCAUCUUUUGUAUAAAAUUUUAUAAUGUGAUGCUCAGUUGUUAAAUGAUACAAUGAAGUCAAAGGCAAAUAGCUGCAAAGUCCAAAAAAGAGAUUUUGAGAUCAAAGGUCUCAAAAAUCAGCUGAUUAUUGUUUCACUAUAAUUAAAAACUUGCUUUAGAGCACUUAAUUUGAAUGAGGAUGUAGCAGAAGUAUUUAACUCAUUUCUACAGAAUGGGUUUUUAAGUCGUCAGCCGUGAUGGGUGAAUGAAUAUCAUAAGCUGGUUUUGUCUUAAAGGGGAACUCCUCUGAUUCUACGCGUCAAAGUCUGUUUACAGGUCUUGGGGAUUACAGCUACACAUGUGAAAUAAAGUUGUAUAAAGAUUUUUUUUGUGGCUCCAGAGGGAGCUCGAGUGAUGUCAGUUGAAUCAGCUGGUUGGGUCUGAAGACUUAGAAAAAUCUGGGGAGGUUGAGUUUGAAAGUAGUGCGCUUACCAGACGUUUGUAGCAUGCUCCACAUCUCUGUUUGAGGUUUGCAGCUCAAGGCUAUGUUAGCGACUCCUAGCAUAGCACACAUUACCAUCCUACAGAACUGUCGGUGGUCGAGUAGCAUUUUUGGCGAUUUAGGCACCAGGUUUUGACAAGGAAGGAAGGAAGUUAGGAGCUUAUAAGGAGCUUUUUUUUGCUUAACUGUCUGAUUGUGAGUCUGACAAUGUAUUAUUAGGAGUCCAAUGCAAAAUCUGCGGAGUGCUCCUUUAAAAAAAAUUCAAAAUGAAAUCCCUGAUUAAUUUCUCUCAGGGUGAUCUAGCCUUGAAUUUUUACUCUUAACACAGUAAAAACAUAACAUUAAAAGCAUGCCAGUGCUUAGACAUCUUCAGGUACUACCCUCUUAUACAGUGCUCUGUAGUGCAUUGCUCCGGCCAUGUAAAAGAACAGGUUAGAACUCAAUGUAUAGCCAGUUACAUUCUGUUGUCCGAGUCACUGAAGGUGUUUUGCACCAGGUGCAUUUGAAACGCUUGUGACUGUAAAAAUGAAAACAGAUCAUAAGAAAACUCCUCAGCAGUGCCAAAGCUUGUACUGAGUCUUUACGCCUCUCGUGCCAAGCAAGAACUAUUGUCACUUAUGUGUUGUGUUCCUCGUGUCAAAAGAAGAUGUUUUUGUUUAAUGUGAUCAAAUGAUCAAUUUUAAUUUAUUAAUACAUGUUAUUUUAUGUGAAAAAGCCAACACUGUGCCGUUUCACUGUCACAUUAGCCCACCCACUCUCAUUCCUCCACAUAGAUAGGCUAUAGUAGGCAACAUGACAAUGACAUGACAAUGUUUUUUUAUAUAUAUGUGUUUUUUUUCUCUCUGCUCAGGGAUAUCAGGUUGUGAUUCCUGUCACAGAAACACAGUGACACAGAGAGAGCUUCUUAAAACCGAUAUUAGAUGUUUUUUGAUGAUUGUGAUGUUUGGUUAAAUUAUAGAAAAUGUAUAGCUGGAAAUGUGUUGUGUUUUGUAAAGAGAAGUGAACCUUUUUCCAUAAUAAAAAACAUGACUUUUGCUCUCA